AUGCAUUGGUUACUUCAGUUAAACAAACCUAUUAAAUAUGAUUUGGACAAUAUUGUUAAGAAAUAUCCCUUUUUGUCAUUCCUCGGUGAUGUUUUACCGCAAGUAAAUAGACCGAAGGAAAAAGAACCAAUUAAGGAAUAUGAUACCAACGAACUAAGCGUAAUAACUACUGUAUUAGAGAAAAAACUGGUAUCUUCGUGGUAUGUCUCGUAUAUAUCAGAAGAAAUAGGAUUCCCUUUUGCAUGCAAACAAAUGUUGGAUCAGAUUGUCGCAAAAGCCUUUCAGAUAUGCAACAAAAUUGAAACCAAAGAUGUAUUUGUAGACAUCUGUGCCAUUCUAAUUAGCCACUUAAAAGAAUAUAAAAAAGCUAUUAAAAGACAUGAAGCAACCCCCGAUAGUUCUAUCGAAGUUUUGUAUAAAAAUUCUCAUCCUAUUUCUAAUAAUAAAAGUAAAAAAAUAACAUCUGCUGAUCAUUGUAUUAAUAUAUUAAGAAUUGUAUUAAAGGAGCUAGUUCCAUGGGAACUCUGGGAUACUCCAUACUCUGAAUUACUUGUUAGAAUUUUAGCUAAAAAAUUGGACACUUUUAUUGAAAAUACAAUUACUGAUCCUGUCUGGUUAAAUGAUAAAUUACUAACAGCUCUCAAGGCAAAGGAAGAAAGUAAUAAAGAUACUGUUGAAGAAGCAAAGCAUGUGGAUACAGAAAACCAAGAAAACCUAAAAGAAAAAACUAUGAAUGAGACAAACAAAACAAAGCCUAGUACUAAUAAUCAUAAAAGUCAACUUCCAACUGUCCAAAAAAACAUAAAUGAGGAGAAAGAAGUAAAAAAAGAUGAAGAUCAAGUAUCUCAAGGAAGUGUCAUUGAACCAGUGGAAAUCAAACCAUCAGCAGUUUUAAGACAGAAACGAGGCAGACAAGGCAGAAAUGAAGUAAAAAUUUAUGAUAGAAUUAUUGAGGGCAGCGUCAAAACCUGGGAGACAGAUAUGGAUUUACAGUGCAUUAGUGUAGGCCAGGACUUGCUGGCGAGCUUGGACGAGAUGACACUCAGUCGGCUGUGGGGUCAUGAAGAUAUAGAGAAUAGCCCUAAUCUGAGAGCAUCUCCACAGCUCUUGUGGUUUGGCGAAGAAGACUCAAUAGACCUGGAAGGAGAACCUAUCAAAAAGGAAUCCAGUCCCAAGUCAACGGACGCCCUGCUCAAAGACCUGCAGAGCACUGUCCAUCACGCGAAGACCAAAAUUGGGGACCUGCAGGUCUUACACGUAGAUGUGACCCAGCAUCCCAGUGAUGAAGCGGCCGGGAUGAUGGAAGGGCUGCUGGAUAAAGGCAUUGCCGGUAUCAAAAAGGGGCUGCGCUUUACAGGUCUCAGUGAUGAUUCACAAGAAAAGUCUCCGGCGCAUAAAGAAAAGAGUACUGAAAGGAUAUCUCCUUCGGAUAUAUACAAGAACAAACAGAAACCUGAAGUCGUGAUGGAAGCGAAAGAAUCUUAUGCGCCAAGUACUUCACAGAAAGAUGAAAACGGCACGUCGACGCCUCAGUUGAUCAAACAACGUAAUGUUACAUCUCAAGAUAGUGUGCGCUUCGGGGAGGGAGGGUCGCCGGAGCCGCAGUACGAGGAGGCGGCCGACCUGUCCGCCUCCAUCGCCAAGCUGCGCUCGCUGCUGCAGCACGCGCAGCCCAGGGAGGAGGUGUGGUGGGAGGGCGCGGAGGAGACGCGCGGGCGCGCCGCGCUGCGCGCCUCCUCGCGCCCCGUGGACGCCGCCGCGCUCGCCGACGAAUACGACAUGAGCCUGGAGAGAACUGCGUCGCCGGGACAGACGUCCAACAACAUGCAGAGACUUGACAAACUGUUCCAGCGUACGGUGACGGGCGUGUUCAACUCGCUGAAGACGGCGGUGGGCGCGGAGGCGGAGGCGGAGGCGGAGGCGGGCGCGGGCGCGGGCGCGGCGCCGCGCGCCUGGCUCUACGUGUGCGCCGCGCCCGACCGCGCGACGGGCGCGGCGGUGGCGCGGCUGGUGGGCGCGCGGCGCGCGCUGGCGCACGUGGACGCGGCGCUGGACCCGCUGCGCGCGCUGCCGGCGCCGCGCGCGCGCACGCACUGCCCACUCGACCUGGAGGAGUGGUGCGUGUCGGCGGGGGCGCGCUGGGGCGCGGCGGCGGGCGCGGGCGGCGCCGCCGGCCUGCUCGCCUCGCACCUCGCCUUCCGCCUCGCCACGCUGCUCGCCGCCGAUAUCGCCGAAUCCCUAAUAUGCAUGUGGCUAGAAGAGCUGACGGCGUGGAUCAAAAUGGAAAUAUUCGCGUACUUCGAGCAGCUGUCGGCGCCCGGCGCGCGGCCGCGGGCUGCGCGGGGCCUGCGCCCCUUCUGUGUGGAGGAGACUUGUCAGAUCAUUUUGGAGAAAAUUCCUGAAACCUAUCUGUUCAGCGAGAAAACCUUAUCAGAAGCGGUACAUCUGGUGGUGACCAGCUUCAGCCACAAAGCGGUCAACAAGGACGUGGUGUUCCGAGCGCUCGACGUCUUCACCGUGCACUUCAAGAAGUCUGCUGGACUCAGGAACCCUUCCUUUGAUAAUAAU